AUGAUUGAAAUUUCUUUUUAUACAAACGCCAAACCAAACUUAGCAAAUUUCAUCGAUAUCUAUCUAUCUAUCUAUCUAUCUAUCUUAGUCAUUCUGUUCAUAUAUAUCUCAUUAUUUUCACAUCUAUCUAUCUAUCUCAUUCUGUUCAUAUAUAUCUCAUUAUGUUCAAAUCUAUCUAUCUAUCUAUCUAUCUAUCUAUCUAUCUAUCUAUCUAUCUCAUUCUGUUCGUAUUUAUCUAAUUCUGUUCAUAUAUCUCUCAUUUUGUUCACAUCUAUCUAUCUAUCUAUCUAUUUCAUUAUGUUCGCAUCUAUCUAUCUAAUUUUGUUCAUAUAUAUCUCAUUUUGUUCACAUCUAUCUAUCUAUCUAUCUAUCUAUUUAUCUCUAUUCAUUAUCUAUCUAUCUAUCUAUCUAUCUAUCUAUCUAUCUAUCUAUCUAUCUUAUCUCUCUCUCUCUAAUUUAUCAAUUUAUUCCUUCUAUCUAUCUAUCUAUCUAUCUAUCUAUCUAUCUAUCUAUCUAUCUAUCUAUCUAUCUAUCUGUUUGUUUCCAAGUUUUUUUUUUCUCAUUCUUCGUCUGCAAUCUCUCUCUCUCUCACACACUUUCUCUCUUUCUGACCUUUCUCUCUUUCUCUCUCUGAUCUUUUUUUUCUCUCUUUCUCUCUCUGACCUUUCUCUCUCUCUCUCUCUCUCUGACCUUCUCCCUUUCUUUCUCUCUCUCUUUCUGACCUUUCUCUCUCUCUCUCUGACCUUCUCCCUUUCUCUCUCUCUCUGA